CUCGCUCAUGACGAAUGAACAGAGGGAAGAAUAUUUGCGCAAUAACCGCAAGUAUAAGCAUUGCAGAAGGGAAAGCGGGACACUGUUUGACCACAACGAUACUAUACAUGUCAAAAAUAGCUCCGCAUCUAGCCCACGAACCAAUGCUGCCAUGCACGCACAAUCAUCUGAGCCAGAUCCAGGUGAGACAAACAUUACUGAUGAAUCUGAUCCUCCGGGGAUUUUUGAACCACUUGAACAAGAUGCUAGGUUCGAAGAAAACACGGAAACCAUGCAAGAGGAAGAAACAGUGCUUGAUGAUGAUGAAGAGUGCAGGAUUUUUACUGGUCUAGGCGAUGUAUUUGAUUCGUACCAAUUGACAACUGAUGUGCCUCGGAGUGAACAGAAUGAUGAUCCUUAUGACUUCGUGUACCACAAUCUGCCAAAGAAGCAUCAUGUUUUGAAAACGAGUACUAGAUCGCAUCCAUUGUGGAGCAAUGAAGCUACAAUAUGA